AUGACCAUCACACUACAAGAUAUGGAGGUUAUAAUGGGGGUACCUGUAGAUGGCUUGCCGGUGGUGGGAUGUACAUCCCCGACGGUCAAUUGGCGCUACGUCUGCGGCACCUUGCUAGGGCAUAGGCCGCCAGAGAGAGAACUUGGUCGUAAUAAGAACACUGGAGUGAUGGAAGGGCCGAGGGUAAAAGCCAAAUGGCUUGAGGAUCGGUUUAGCAACCCUCUCUCAAUUGACGCCCCUAAGGAGCUUGUGCAGAAGUAUGCUUGGUUUUACAUAGUGGAGAUGUUAGGUGGUACACUGUUUAUGGACAAUUCUAGAGAACGGAUCUCAAUUAGGUAUCUACAAUUUUUCGAUCCAAUCAGCAACGGAAAGAAGUAUAGUUGGGGUAGUGCAGCACUAAGUUGGCUCUAUAGAUACCUCUAUAAGGCAUCAGAGAAAACAGCUAAGUAG